UUCUAACUUCUUGUCAGCUUCUUGUUGCAUUUUGUUUACUUUUAACUUUACUAUUGGGAAUAGUUUAUCUACAAUAUCCUCAUGGUUGAAAGUCAAAAUCCCAACAUACCAUUAAACUAACCAGGAUCUAACCUUUCUGACAUUUCCUAGGAGUAAAAAAGGCCGACACAUUCCAGCCAGAGCAGCGCAGCUCCCGGCAACCGCCACUCAAAUAAAAAACAAAUACAAAAUGCCAGGGCCAGGUCCGCAUCUCAUGUAUGCAAUGAACUCGGGCCUAGCUCUCACCCACCUCACCAAGGGGCGUUUUACCCCUCACCACACCCUUACCUACACUCUCAACGCCUUCUUUGGCCCUGACAUAGGCUCCUUCUCAGAGUGGCUAAGCUCCACUCUCUUUGCUGGAUCUUCCUUUGUCUCUUCUUUAGCUGACGCAAUUCAUCAUCCUUUUUAUUAUGUGCUGAUUCUGGGGUUGCCUUUGUGCGUCUUCUACUCUUGGGUGUCAAGUUUUUUGGUAAAAAGAAGUGUUCUUGAUUCUGUUUCUGGGGUGCCACUUUCAAGGAGGCAAUGCUUACUGCUGAUAUCAGCCGGCUCUUUAUCACACUUUUUCCUUGACCACUUAUUUGAGGAAAAUGGGCGCUCAUCCAUGUAUACUUGGAUAUUAAGCACUGGUUGGUGGAUAAACCGUGCACCUGUCAACCCAGAUGCUGUCAUUGUAGUUGGAUUGCUAUGCACUUGGUUACUUGGUGGCUUCAUUUACAUCAACAGAGCGAGGUUGACAAAGUCUACCAGAAAACAAUCAUAUCAGUCAAUGAAACUUAUUUUGAUCAUUGCAAGCCUCUACUGCUUGUGGUGUGCAAGCCAAGUAUACUGGGUCAAUCCUCGUCGGCCAGCAGUUGGUGAAGAAGCUGAUCUUGGAGUCCUUGUUUUUUUGGCUACCUACUUUUUUCUUCCUCACUGCCUGUGUAUAUUGUCCAUGAACUCUGAGGAUAUUCAUACAGAGCAGCUCCCACUUUAAUUGUAUUAUCAAAGAGAGGUGAUCGUUUAUAUUUUUGUUUGUUUUCCUGUAAGAAGGAAAUGUGUUAUGCGGAAAAUAAUGUACAUAAGGAAAUGUUUUAUGCGGAAAAUAAUGUACAUACUCUUUAUA